AUGUCUUGUGCCUGGGACAGAAGGUCCAAGCACUGCUCAGAACUCGGGGAAGUAGCUGCUUACGUCCCCGACCUCAUUUUAUCUGAGGACUUGAGGCACGAAGCCCGUUGCGUUCAGAAUUUUCAUGGAGUACUGCUCUUUGCGGACGUCUCAGGUUUCACUGCUCUGACAGAGAAGUUUAGCCAGAGCGUCAGCCUCGAGCGGGGUGCGGACGAGCUAACGCAAACGCUCAAUGACUACAUGGGCGACAUUGUGGAGGAGCUGCUGGGCUUUGGAGGAGACAUCUUGAAGUUUGCAGGGGAUGCUGUACUGGUGCUGUGGAGAGUGAGGGAAACACAGCUGAGAGACACCAUCAGCCUGGUGCUGCAGUGCUGCCGGCAAAUCCAGGAGAAGUACAGCGUCCGUGACACAGACGUGGGUCUGAAGCUCCGACUGAAGAUAGGGAUCUCUGCAGGGCACAUGUCGCUGCUGACUGUGGGAGACCGCAAGGAGCAGCACUUCCUGAUCCUUGGCAAGGCCGUGGGUGAAGUCUGGCAGGCGCAAAACCUUGCAAGUGCAAGUGAUAUUAUCCUGUCAGCCAGCUGCUGGGAGCUCUGUAACCAGAGCCAGGUGAAGAGCAAGAGAGUGAAAGGCAAAGGAGCUGUGAAGGUUACAGGCAUGCAGCGGAUGUCUGUGUCGGAGCGCGAAGACCUUUUCUCCAAGUUCACACGAGCCCAGCUGAACUGCCGUUCUCCGGAAAUGCCAGGCGUCCUGAGGCCUGCUGUUACCUUGGCCCCUCAUCGUGCUCAGGGGAAGGUGCUGAGGAAGUACAUCCCAGCCAGUGUCCUGCGCAAGAUUGACGACAGACAGCCCCUGGCGUGCCUAUCCGAGCUGCGGCCGGUCACCUGCCUCUUUGUGAAGCUGCAGUUUGCUGCCAAGGUCAACCUAACGCAAAUCUGCAAGGCUAUCCAGGACAGCAGCGUGCUGAUUUCGGAGAUCCUCCGUCCUCACAAGGGCGAAAUCAACAAAAUCUCCAUGUUUGAUAAGGGCUGCACGCUGCUGUGUGUGUUUGGCCUCCCUGGAGGAAAGCUGCCCUGCGAGAGCGUUUGCGCCUUGGAAAGCGCGAUUAAAAUCUCCACCGCCUGCUCCGGGAGGCUGGGGAAAAUCGAGGCAGUGUCCAUGGGGGUCACCAGCGGGACGGCGUUCUGCGGAGUCGUCGGCCACCGCGUCAGGCACGAGUACACAGUCAUGGGCCAGAAGGUGAACCUGGCUGCCCGGCUGAUGGAGCACUACCCGGGGCUGGUGUCCUGCGAUGCGGCGACCUACGCAGCAUCCCGGCUGCCCCGGUCUUACUUCAAGGAGCUGCCGAAGGCCCAGAUGAAGGGGGUUGGCGAUCCUGGCACUGUCUAUCAGUACCUGGGGAUGUCGCAGAAGCUCGUAUUUGGCCUGGAUCUUAUGGAGGAGAGGUCAGAGUACGGCCCCUUGCUCGGUCGCAAGGAGGAGAUUGCCCUCUUUGAAAGUGCCUUGAAAGCCUACAGGACUUGUCACGAAAGCAGCAUCCUAGCGUUUGAGGGUGUGCUUGGCUCUGGAAAGAGCCAUUUACUCACUGAGCUCGCAUCUUUGGGCCAGGCUGCUGGCCACAGGGUAGUGGCCGUGGAACUGACAGAGCUAAACCUGAAGCAGGUCUACUCUGCCCUCCGUAUGGUGCUGGCCAUGGCCCUGGGCCUGCAGGCAUGUCAAUCGUGCAGUGCCAGACAGCUUGUGCUGCAGGCAAAGCUCCAAGGGCUGAUGGCAGAGAGCAGCUACUGCCUCCUCAACGACGUCUUCCUCGUUAAGUUUCCCCUCUCAACGGCAGUUUCCCAGAUGAGUGGCACUCAAAGGCAAAUGGAGCUGGAGUUGGUUUUGAAGAAAGUGCUCCAGAAGACUGUUGAAGAAGAUGGUGUUGUAUUUGUCAUCGACAACGCCCACUGCAUCGACUCUCCCUCCUGGAGUCUGAUGUUGCUGACAAAAAGAAGCUACGGCAUCCCCUAUUACUGUGAGGAACUGUUGCGCUACCUUCUUGGCCAUGACAUGCUCUUGUUCCACCCACUGGGGAAGGAUGAGAAACGAGAGGACAAGUGGGAGAGCCUCUUCACUUCUGUAACGGAGGCUUCAACCAUCGCAGCAGCACGGAGCUCCAGCGCGGGGAAGGACCGCAGGGUGUGCACCAUGAGACCGGCUGUGACCCUGCAGAACACUGUACUUCCCCCUACAUUGAAAGGGAUUGCGCUGGCUGAGCUGGACAGCAUGAAGCCCUCGGAGCAGAUGGUUCUGAAGUGUGCAGCCAUCCUAGGGCCGCUGUUUAGCACGGAGCUGCUGUUCCACAUCCUUCCCGGGUGGAGCAGGGCCAAGCUGAACAAGGCGCUGAAUGCCCUGGUGAGAUGCAACAUCCUCAAGUGGCUGAAUGCUGCCAAGGGGGCAGAAGAGAGCAGUGUUCCCACCGAGGGGUCAGGCACCUCUCUGGAGGAAGAGAGCGAUGCGCAGAAGUCAUCCAUGGAGGAGAGCAAGAAGAGGGCGAGGCUGGAGUCUGGCGUGCUGGCCUUUUGCGCCCCGCUGCUGCAGGAGGCUGCGUACGAGCUGUGGCCGAAGGGACAGAGGGUGGCCCUGCACCACAAGUGUGCGGCCUUCCUGGAGAGGCACGCGCACAAGUGCCAGUGCUGCAGGGGAGGCGACUUUGUUGCCUUCCACCGCUUGGCCCUCGGCAGCACGCAGGAGGCCGAGAGCGGUGAAGAGCACGGCAGCGACUGCUCCUGGCGCAACUGGGAGGCCUCUUUGGCGACCAGCAAGGAGAUGAAGUCGGACGAGCUCCCCGCCUCUACGGAUGCUUCAAGUGGUGUACCAAAAGAGAAGAGCUGCUUGGAGGAGAUUUUUCGAGCGGCAAAGCGGUUUCGGGCUAAGACCGAAUGGAUGCCCAAGGUGCCCAGCAAGACCCACUGGACGCAGGGUGUGGAGUGUUCCUGCAGCUGCAAGGCUAUUGUGGACUUGGUGCUUGUGCCCUUGGCUCAGCACUACAUGGCAGUGGGCAAUGACGCCAGAGCCUUUUAUUAUCUGCUGGAGGGUGCGGCUGCCUACUUGCACGUCUCCGACAACUACCUGGCCUUCCGGAACCUGAAGAAAGCAGAAGUGCUGAGGACCUUGGUGGCUAAGAAGGGAAACGCGCUUGCUUGCUUUGAAGAAGCCACUUUGCUGAGCCUCAAAGGAGAGGUCUGCUACCAUAUGGGACAAACGGAGCUGGCGAAGACAAUGAUCAGGAAGGCAUUGAGCCUGCUGAAGAGGAAAUUCCCCACGACCUCCACUGGCGCCGCCUUGCAGCUUGUGCUGGAGAAGUCAGAGCAUGCCUCUCGCAAGAAGAACAGAGACUGCUCCGUUCCUCAGGAGGCAGGGAGGCAGAGGCUCCCCUGGCUGUUCCGGCAAAGCCACUGCCUGUCCUUACUGCGGCAGCUCUUCAGCCUGGAGAGCGCCUCUGGCAGUCGGAGGCUCUCCCGCCUGGCAGCACUCAUGAAGGUGAACACGGCCGAGGAGUCCGAGGAUGUCCUCUUGUCCUACCUGGAAUAUGCGCUGUGCUGCCAGAACCUGGGCUGCCGGGAAGAGUGGCUGCAAUACGGGCGGGCGGCCGUGCAGCUUAGUGCUGAGGUGCAGCUCUUUGGAGGAGGGGUAUUAAACACAGCCAGCUUUGCCCAGGCCCUGUCCCAUCUGACCCUCAGCCUGGGAAAUCUGCCUCUGUCCGUCGACGUAGGCUAUCGUGCUGAGAGGCUCUGCAUGGAGCUGCAGAAGCCUGACCUGGGCUACGUGGUUCUCAGGACCCUCUUCACGGCACUGUUUCUCCAGAUGAGGUACCCAGAAUGUGAGGCAGUGCUGCGCAGGCUAGAGGAGCAGGUGUCUGGAGCAGAUGAGAUCAUUGGGCAGGCAUGCUUCUUCUGCUGCUGCUUAGACCUCUUGCUUGAUGCUGGGUGGCAGUAUAAGUCAUUUGAAGAGUGCAGGAGGUUCGUGGAGCAGAACGAAGCCAACUGCCUUCUCCAGGCGCAGAGCAGCAUCCUGCUUGGACUGUAUUCGUCCCUGGCUCUUUGGUUUGCAAGGCUUGGGCAGUGGGACAACUUCCAGAAGCCCUUUGAAAAGGCCAAGAGGCUGCUGAAGAGCACUGGCGCCUGCCUUGUGGCCAGCCAAGCGUGCAGCCGGCUCCUGGAGUGCCAUAGCCUGGUGCUGAAAAAGGACAUGGAGCAGGGCUCGUGGAGGGCCCGUGAGAGCUGCCGCAGGGCUCUAAGGGUUUUCUCUCGGUGCGCCACAAGCCCCGUCUUCUACCCCAGAGUCUACCACCUGAAAGCCUACAUUUUCCUGAUGCUGGGGAAUGAAGAGCAGAGCCUGCUGUGCCUCAACCAGGGCCUCCAAGCCUGUGAAGACUAUGGCAACCUGCUGGAAAAUACUUGGCUGGAGAUGAGCACUGAGUGCUGGUUCACUGGAAAAGGCCGCCUGGGAGAUUUGUGGCUGAAGACAGCCCCACAUUUUCCACACCUGAACCAAACAAAGCCAGAGGUCUGUAGCUCCAGGUACCUGCUGAAGCGGCCAGCACUGCAAAGGGAGGAUUCUUCUCCAGGAAUUAAAUUCUGA